ACAGUGUCACGUUAUAUUUCGUCAUUCAGAACAUAGGCCUACUCGAGACAACACUGUGUUUGCCUAUUGAAAAAGUAAGUUUUAUUUAUAAAUUGAUUUAGUUUAGUAAAAAUAUGUGUUUUUCGUGAUUAAAUAAGACAAAAUUAUUUACUAUAAAUGAAGAUGAUUUUUUUUUUUUAUAAUCAAUAGUAUAAAGCCACAGUCAAAGUUAAAAGAAAAAAAAAAAAUUAAACCAAUAAUUCAGACAUGCCAGUCAUAGUACUUAGGCAAUCAAAAAAUUAAAUAAGCUGACUGGUGUAUUUUUUUUUUAAAUUUCGUCAUUUUCAAUAAAAUUCGUUUUUUUUUUUUAAAUGGGGGUGAUUAUAAAAAAAAAAAAAAAAAUAAACAAAUAAUUCAAACAUACCAGUAAUAGUAAUUAGGCAAUCAAAAAAUUAAAUAAACUGACUGGUGUAUUUUUUUUUUAAAUUUCGUCAUUUUCAAUAAAAUUCGUUUUUUUUUUUUUUAAAUGGGGGUGAUUACUCCAGUCAAAAUUGAUGUUACGUAUUUUUAGGUAACACCAACUGAAGUGUUUACGUCAUAGAUGCACAAAACACCAUUGAUAGAUGCAUCUAUAUACAGUGGUUCUUAACCCGUGGCCACUUUGGAGUUCAUAUAUCUAUAUACAGUGGUUCUUAAUCUGUGGCCACCUGAUAAGCUCAUGUAUCUAUAAAAUAAUAAUAAUAAUAAGUGGUCUUAUAUAGCGCGGGACCCCAGCCUAGGGCUGGGCCAAACGCGCUGUACAUAAAAAUAUUAUCAAAAGAGACAUGAUCAUGACAUUAAAAUAAAAAUACAUUUAUGAAAAAAAAAACAGUGGUUCUUAAUCUGUUGUCAUUUUGGACGUUCAUGUAUCUAUGGUUCUUAAUUUGUUGUCACUUUGGACGUUCAUGUAUCUAUAUACAGUGGUUCUUAAUAUGUGGCCAUCUUUGAUGUUCAUGUUUCUAUAUACAGUGGUUCUUAAUAUGUGACUAAAUUGAACGUUGAUGUAUCUAUGCAUGCACAAUGGUUCUUAAUCUGUAACCACCUUGGUUGCUCAUGAAUCUUUCUUUGCACAGCUGUUCUUAACAUGUGGUUAAGUGCAAUGUUCAUGUAUCUAUUUACAGUGGUCUUUAAUAGUAUUCCCGGAAAUUUGAUCGAAAGAAAUUUUAAUCGAACGAAUAUUGUUUGGUCGGCGUUGGAUCCGAGCAUAAAUUAAUUAGAACGGAAAUUCGUUCAGAAGGAAAUUCGUUCCUAAGCGGAAGUUUGCUCAAAAUAAACGAAUGACAUUUUUUUAUUUUUAUUUAAAAGGAUAAUUUUUAACAUGCACAAAAAACGCACGCACGCACGCACGCACGCACGCUAUCGUCAGCUUCAGAAUCAAUAAAUAAGACAUCUAUAAUAUUACACUUUUUACAGAGGCUGUGCUGUCUUAUUUAUCCUUUAAAAGUGUUUAAUAUAUUGAGCUAGGAUUAAAUAAUUUUUUUAUUUUAUAUUAUAAUUUUUCUUUUAUUUCAGAACAUUGGUAACGACGUCACAAAGUGAAUCAACCAAACAAGUUUUCUCGUGGCCAUGAACGUACACAUUGCUACAAAAAUGCUCGCCAAUCUCCUCGGACUGUUCCUCGCCGCAUUCUUCAUCUCAACAACAACUUGCGCACCAUCAGGUAAGCCACAACAACAACAACAUCAUCAUGCGCACCAUCAGGUAAGCCACAACAACAACAACAACAUGCGCACCAUCAGGUAAGCCACAACAACAACAACAUGCGCACCAUCAGGUAAGCCACAACAGCAACAACAUGCGCACCAUCAGGUAAGCCACAACAACAACAACAUCAUGCGCACCAUCAGGUACCCCACACAGUCAUGUAUGUGACAAACAUGUACACUGCCCAUGCGCAACCCAUCAUAUCGCACACCCAUCGUAAAAAAAAAAAACAACAAUAAAAGUAAAUUUUAUUAAAAUGUUUAUACAUUUUACCCACUUCUCAUACGCACCUUCCGUAAAAAAAGGAAUUAAACAAAAAAAGAAAUAAAUAAAUCUCCUUUUAACAAAUUUCAUUUAGAACGAACUGCGUAAUUAUUAUUUUUUUUUUUUAUAUCCACGCAAACCCAAGUCCAAUGUAUGAACAAAUAAGUUUAUAUUUCAAACUAAAUUUGUAACAUUCCUGGACGUACAACGUUCAACAAACUUUUAUGUGGGUUUCCAUUAAGUUUUAUGUCGAUUCUCUUCUUCGUUGUCAUUGUUAAAGUAAAAUAAUAAUUCUUCUUCCAGGACCGACACUGAACGAUUUAGUGUCCUUUCAUUGUCCUUCCGACCGGCCCUUCAAAUGCCUGCCCUACGGAGCGUGCUGCAGGGGCUCCGAGUUCUGCUACUCGGGGAUGUGCGAGUCGUGUUUCCCGCGCGGCGUCGAGGACGGGGCGCUGCUGGACUGGUGCCGGGAGAAGGGGCAGUUUGACGUCGCCUUGAUGAGGAACGACGGCUGCCGGUUGGCGUGUCAGGACGUUUUCAACACCACCCAGCUGAUUUACGGUGAGUGAUCUGCUCUUUGGUCUUUGUUACGUCUUGAACUUUCUAAAAAAUGGUUUAAACAAAAUUCGUCUUGGUGUUUUGACCAACUUUCUAUUGGUGUCUAGAGAUGCAAUUCGAAAUGGAGAAAAUACUAGGGUACCCCCCCCUACCCAUUUUUUUCCCCCCCCCCCCCACACACACCUUUUUCCAUAAAAAAAAUAUUGAACAAAUGUCGUAAAAUAUGUGACCACUGUCACAAAGGAAGCAUUUUUUUGCUUAUAUGGAGGGGGGGCAUUGUGGACCACCUGCAGAGUUCUUUCAUGGAAGUGGGGCGGCCAAACUCUUGGCCGGCCACCCCCCCCCCCAGGUGGCCAAACUCUUGGCCGGCCACCCCCCCCAGGGGGGAGCGGUGGCACUAAACCUAGCUACGCCACAGCAGCGUAAAUGCUGUUCUAGUCCAAGCUCAAACUCAAUACGUAUUCUUAGUAAAAAAAAAUAAAUUCAGUAAACAAACAAAAGGACUCAACGAUUCUUUUAAACCCUAAAACAAAGAUCUCUUUUUCUGUUUUAUGUUUGAAAACCGACCUGAGAAAUCCUCCCUUGAAAACAUAACAAACGGUGAUUGAGCUUGAGAAAUGAUAAAUGAAGAUAUGAUUUAUUAAAAAGCCCAGGCCCGGGGCAAGCCAAAAAAAGAUGCCCACGGGCAAUGCUUGAGUUUAGGACCCCUGUUCCCAGAAAAAAAAAAGUAUAUUUUAAUACACAUAUUUAGCAUGAAAAUAAAAUGACGCGUUAGGCGUCCUCUAAAGAUUGGCACCCGGGGUGAGUGACCCCCUUCGCCCCCACCCCAAACCUGUUUUUUGUUUGUUUUUUUUCUUCUUUUUUUUUUUUUUUUUUUUUUUUUUUUUUUUUUUUUUUUUUUUUUUUUUUUUUUUUUUUUUUUUUUUUUUUUUUUUUUUUUUUUUUUUUUUUUUUCUUUUUUUUUUUUUUUUUUUUUUUUUUUUUUNAUUAAAAUAAUUAGAUAUUAUAUUUUAGACUAAACCUUGACACCGCGUUAACACAGUCCACCCUGAAACUAAACUAAAACCAAAGUUGCAUUGUCUUGGAGUUGGCUGGCUUUACAAUAUGAUCUGAAUGAUCACUCUUAAAGUCAUUACCGUCAUCAGGGGUUGGGGUGGGGGGGGGGUUGGUGGAGUUCUAUUAGUAUUGGCCUUUUUUUUUUUUCUUGAAAAAUAAUUUUAGAUGUAUUGCAUUGGAGUUGUUCUGAUUAAAUUUUUUUUUCUUUAAUAGAAUAACUAAUUAUGUACUGAAAAUGAAUUUGUAUAUUGUAAUUAUUUUUUUAAAGUAUCCAUUUAUUUGGAUCAAUAAAAUAAUAAUAUUGGCAUAUAUUUAAAAAUGAUAUUUGACUGUUCCCGUUCUAUUCAUUUGAGAACUAUUUUUAUGCUUUAAACAAAAAAAACCCACAAAAAAAAAAUGCACCUUUUGUAUGAAAUGAAAAACUAUGACAAUAAAAGGGGCAAACAUUAAAACAGAAACACAACAACACAUCUAUUUGUCCGUUUCAGACCUGAUGGCUGUAACUGUAGGGCUAACUGCAUGUCUGGUAGUCAGCCUGCUUAUAAUCGUCGGUCUACUCUACAUCAUCUGCAGACUCAGAAAACAAAGGAGACGAGAGUACAUAUCAGGUUAGGCUUCAUUCACUACCAUUUAUCUCGUGCCAAGCUGUUGGUCUUAAAGGGUGAACUCAAAUUCCACAAAAAAGCAUUGAAAUAAACUUUAAACUUCAAGAGAGAGAAUUAAAACUAUUUUAAAAAACCAAUCUGGGAUAUCAUCAGCAUUUCAGAGGCGUAGCUAGAGUGUUUGGUGCCCGGGGGGGGGGCAAGAUUAAUUUUAAAGAGCCUCCUUUUUUUUCAACUCUCAAAUUAUUUUCAUCAAUAAAAUAAUAUAAAAGCACAUCUUUGCGCCACUAACUAGUCUGGCGCCCUGGGACAUCUGUCCCCCCUUAGCUACGCCUCUGCAAUAUUUAGAAUUAGAUAAAUGUGUUGUAAACUAUUUACAUUUCGAUUUUUUGAAAAAAAAACAACAACUUUAUUCUUGUUUACUUUACAGCAGCUCAGUCCGAAAAUGCAGCCCCUUCUGAGGCGUUUACCCCAGCUGUAAGCAAACAGUCAUCCGUAGACUUGGAACAUCAGUUACAAGAACUAGAUGAAUGUUUAAAGGGCAAAGGAAAGAAAAGUACAGAUGAUGACACCUAUGUACAGAGACGCCAAUCAGCACCGAACCUUUCCAAUGGCACUGACGACAUGGCUGCGAGCGACAAGAAAAAAGCGAGGGCGUUAAACAGUCUCGCCACCAGUGACACCAAAUCCUGCGUCCCCAUCGAUGAAACGCCAACAAACGCUACCAGUUACAAGCCCAGCACAAUCCAUCAGGACCUGGUAGUUGACAUCGAGGUCCACGCGAACAAUGAGGGUAACCAACAGUCAACAGCAGAUGAGACUGGAGGAAUCCUUGAAGAGAAUGAUCGGUCUUCACAUAUCUCUAUUCGAGUAGCCCCUUCACGCAGCGGAGUGCAAAAUGGAGAAGAAGAACCAUUGCUGGAUACUAAAUAAUAAUGUUACACAUUGAAAGAUGUGGCCCGGGGGGGGGGGGUGUAUCGUAGAUACGACAUUAACUUGAUACGGUUAGAAUAUUAAUUUCUUUAUGGAAGAACAAAGAAAAUAAAUUAUUUUAAAAAAAAAAUAAUUUGAAAUAAAAUAGAAGAUUAUUUUUCACAACUGUUAUCGAACUAUUUGAAUCAAGCCUAAAAAAAGCAAUGCCGCGCAAUCAUUGUAACCAUUACCAACCAAUCACUGAUUGGAUAUAAUAUGGAAUGUAUUGAUCUGUUAUUUACCCUAUGUGUUUGCAUAUUUGUUGGAGUGGUCUAAUUUAUUGCAGUAUUAUUAAAUGAGCACAUGAUAUUGUUUGUUACAAUAUUCGUGUUUGUUGGUUUGAGUUAAUUUAAAUAUUAAGUGUAAUUUUUAAAAAAAAAUAAUGGAACAUUCUUUACUAUCAUUUGCUAUCUUGGUAAAGUUGUUGCUAAGAAAAGUCCAUAGAUUCAUAUCAAUCUUAUGUUGCACAAAGGUAAAUCUUUAUUGUUAACAUAUAAUUCAUAUUAAUGACAUACAUAUUUUUAUAUGCAGAGUGUGCGAAUGUUGUAUGUUUGAAAUUAUUUAUUACACUACAUUUUUAAAAAUGAAAAUCCUUCCUCAAUGUUUUAAAGUGAGGCUCAAAAUAUAGUGAACGGAGACAGCUUUAAAAAAUAUAUUUUUUUAUUUUGUAAAUAUGACAAAUAAAUGUACAAAAAUUAUGCGGUUGAUAUUAAUGCAAAUAUUGUUGUUCUCUGUCAUAAAGAGGUGCGAAUGUUAACAACGUGGUGAUAUAAUUAUUUUCUACACUAUUUAUAAAAUUAAUUUUAUUUAUACGUCAAUAAAUGAAUAUAUUGGAA